GCCGAACAAUUUUUAUGUCGAUGCCAAUUUUUGUCAUGAAUCAAAAUAACUUGGACAAUUUUUGUCCGUCUAGUGKGAAGGACCAGAUCUCACUGGGCUAAAUUUAUGUGUGCUUUGCAAAAMAUAUMUGUUAACAUCAGCCAUUUCCUAGUGCGAACGUAACUUCUUCAUCUUAUCAAAAUUUGUCUCGSUUUACCAAACUUCAAAGACGYCAUCGGCCUGCUUCGAAGSAGAAAAUAUUUUUUUUCAAACGUCAUAAAUGUCGAUCAGAUAUCUUGAUGCUUAACACAAUCAAGAUACUAAAAGGGAUAAUGUAACUUUUUUCAAAGAAUAUGUAGAAGAAUAUGUAGAAAAUAUUCGGUUAAAAAAUAUGUUUAUUCACAUUGCGCUUAGUUCUUGGAAUCAUGCCAUGAUUUCAAUUAUUAAAAUGUGUUCGAGAAUUGGCAGAUGUAAACAACAUUAUUCAAGAUUAUUCAUAUUUUGACGUUGGCAGAGUGAUAUUGUUAUUGAAACUUUUUUUAGACAUUAAAAAAAAUUUCCAAGAAAUCCAACAAUUUUUAAGCGUGAUGGCUAGAGAAGUUAGUAGAUUGUGGAUUUUUAUGGUAUUUCUUUGGAGAACAGCAAUGUGUCAAAUUACUGGACCUACCAAGCUUAACUACUUCGUUGGCGACAUUGUUCAGUUCAGAUGGAAUACCGUCAGGAAUUCAACUAUUCUGUGUGCAACAUGGGGAAUACAAAAAGGCAACAUUGCUGAUCCUCAGUUUAUAAAUGUAGACAUAACAAGCAGCAAUGUGAACUUCAACUCAGGUCUGGAACCAGAUCUCAUUAAACGGCUGUCAUUUGACGGGGACCUCAAGAGAGGUCGUGCAUGGUUUACCCUAAAGAACGUAACUGUCAAAGAUGCAAACGUGUACCUUGCAAGCAUCAGUGACGAUGUAACCAGAGUCYUGYCUCACACAGUUGUACUGACCGUAAAAGAAAAAGAACAGAAAGAUGGAAACAUUGGUGAGCUAUAGUACUUUCUUUCAAUUCAUAGCUUUGUCUUUUUCUUGUAAGUAUCU